AUACUUCAGUAUACCCUGCAAUUUGCAGUAUUAUGUAAUGAAAGUCUUUGUUGUUUUUUUCCUGUUUUGUUUGUUUGUCUGUUUAAUGUUCCUCAUCGAAGUGGAGUAAGAGUUCGUCGUGAUUUGGGUGGAGUUUGCCAAGAUAUGUGGGCAGCAGCCGGCAAUAACAUGGUUGUUGGGACGGAUCUGGCAGUAGACACUUCAGCCACUGCCACGCAAUUGUUUAGUCUUACGCCACCGGGUAUCACCAAGCUAAGUCAACCUGUAUACACAAAGUUCAAAGGUGAGGUUGAUAACAGUCUGUGCAAGAGUGUAUCUCAUUGAGAGAGGGUUAAUAUUACAGCCUUAGUCUUUUACAAAGGUUUUUUUUUUCCAUGGUAAUCCUUUCCAAGCUACUUUUAGACACGAGGUUUUUGGUGUUCCAGAGGGAAAUGAUAGAUUGCGUUCUCUGCAAGCUCUUUAAAUUUUCAUGUGGAGAACAAAUCGAAGCUGCAUGAAAAUUCACAAUAGAGGAUUAUAGUUAUUUCUGGGACCUUUAAGACCUCCAAGAACAGUUGGAGAGAUCUAAAAAAUCCGAAAUUUAAAUUUAAAAUAGGGAACGAUGUCUCUGGUCCGACACAUUCGUUCUUGUAGCUUGAGACCCUCUCCAAUCUGCAGAUCACUACUCUUUGUCUUAAACAGCAGAAGCCUUGUUCUUGGACAAGCUAAUUUAGGAAGUUCCGUUUUGUCUAACUUGCGAAAGAUCUUCGACCUUUUUUUUUAAGACAUGAUUGAAUUUUCAACCAAGAUUUCUCAGCGAAAUAAUCUAUUCUUUUGGCCUAGGCCAAGUUUCCAAAAGCAUAAUCAGCUCUAUUUCAGAUCUAUGGGCAUUUAAAGUCAACAUUUGUGAUCAUAUUUAGAAAGCGAUAUUACAAUACACUCUAGUAAUUUCCUCAUGUCUUUGGAAAGCCCUUCUAGACAACUACAUUGCAGACGAGACCAAACCAGAGGGGAGCGAUGCGGAAAAAGUGAAUGAAGAAGAUGACUUUAUAAACACUAUCGCCGUCCCUGGCGGGCCUAUGCAUUUCGCCUUUCAGUACCUAAAAGCAAGCGGAAAAACCACUGCUGUUGUAAGUUAUCUAAUCAUUCCUUAUAUCAAUUUGGUAAAAGUCUUUCGAUUGUGGGUAAUGCACCGGAAUGGCAUUAGAUUUUCUUGACCUCUGUGUAAUUUACACCCUGCUUGGUUGUAGCCCGCGUUGUGGUGUGGCCGGACUGCCAUGCAGGAAGUCUUUGGUUUAAGCCUCAGAGCGGACCAAUACCUAGGGUCUUAAAUUAACUGAGAGGAACAUGCUGCCUUUGCUAUGACAUUCCCAAAUGGCUAGACAUUCUAAUCUACUCGGAUAAGGACGAUAAAUGGUGGGCCUCGUCUCGUGCAUUUUCUCUGUGCUGGUUAGCAGGGGACGUUGAAGAACACGCUCACUUAUCGCACAGAGUGGAGGACGUAGCUCCCGGUGUUGUGGUCUGGCCUUGUCCUACGCUCGUGACAGGACAAAAAAACAUGUCCCUCUGAACAACAAUUAUUUCCGUGCUUUAUUAGGACUUAGACGCUUUCAAGCCAAUACUGAAGACCAUGUGGUUCAAAAAGUACCCAAAAGGAGGAGACGUGCCGACCUACUCUGGAUUUGAACACACAUUUGUUGGUAAAACAAGGAAAGACUACUGUAAUAUCAAGUGCACAUGCUGUUGUUUAAGUAUUAGUUUGCCAUCGCCAAGUUUCUUGGGGAUAGGACGGGAUGGAUUCAGUACCCUCCCCUCUCUCCUUUUCAUUUAUUUAUUCAAAAGAUGUUACUUUUCAGCGUUCGUCUUAUACCCGUCAAUUCAUAAGGUUCAAUGAAAAUUUGUUGUAAAGUGUAGGAGACCAUAGUCAAAUACUGCUUGUGGCAUUUGGUCAAAAUAAUAUUUCUUCCUAGAGGUACUAAACAUCAGCUCAGUUUCGAUUAGUAAAACCAAGUCUCGUUGGUUAAAUAUUGUUUUCGCAGGGAGAAAAUGAAGCUGGGAAUCGAUAUCUAAGCCAUCUUACUUUUUUUCAAAUGUGGCAGGUGAGCUUGGUCUUGCGAAAGGAACAAUGGUUGUCAAGGGUCUUCACAACUGGUACCAAUUCCAUCUGGAACAACAAGCAACAAGACUGACUUAUAUGCCUCCAGUUAAGAAUGUCGUUGAUUUGAACAAGAAGGUAACGUCUGAUUUUCUCAUAAUAAAGAAUAGAUGACAGAACUUUACUCAACUCCAAUUUUUUAUAUUUUUUCAAGUAAACUAAGGUUCGUUUCCAUGAUGUAACCCUUAAGCUUGAUUCAGACAUUAUUUUCUGGCGAGCAGAAACAUUAAAAUUGAGGAUAACAAGGGAAAAAACAAGGAAAUUCUUGGUUGGAGAAAAGCAAACUAUAUUGUAUAGUCGUUUCAAAAUGAUAAGUAUAAAAAUAUAAAAUGACCUCACAUGCUUGAAAGAGAAGAUUUCAACUCUUCCUUGAUUCUAACCUCUCCAAGUACCCUAAAUUAAUCCUGAUUUCAAAAUGAUAAGUGGUGACACUAGGUGAUAUAGAAUGAUAUUAGUUUUUUAUUAUGAUUGACAAAAAGGAGGCAAGUAUUUCUAAAACAGUAUCAUAGAAAAUUAGCAGGUCUGCUUCCCAAAGAUUCUUCUUCACAUAAAUUUAAGUGUGAAACUGCGAUGGCACCUUGAGGAAAUUUUGAUCAUCAUUCAUGUGUACUCAUAUGAAUACCUCUUCCUCUCUCUCUUUACAAGGUGAGUGUGGUGGCCGCAUACCCUUAAAUCCUCCCCCUCAGCCACGCCCUUGCCAAAUCUGACUAACAUUCACUAUCUUAUCACAGCCCCCGCUUAUCAAUGUGGCAUUUACGUGGAAGGGAUUUAACAAAGCUGGCAGCAGUUUCUACAUCGGAACCAGCCCUGCAUUUGAGAUGGCUCUGUACACUGCAUGUUUCUUUGGAGAGCCUGGUGACUGCACGUGCAACAUAGACAGUCAGCUGCUCACGAUAAAGACCAUCAAUUUCGAAAAUGCGGGAAUGGUUCUCACUUCAUAUCCCACAGCAUAG